CUUGGCAACGGCGACCUUUCGUGUGAAUGGUGAAUCUAAUCUGUGCUUGUUACAGAGACACAGAGAGAGAGAGAGAGAGAGAGAGAGAGAGAGAGAGAGAGAGCCCCGCGGGGAAACAUGAGCAAUGUGCCGGUCUAGAUUGAUGGCGGAAACCGCCAAGAGCCGAACCUUCUUUCUUCCGUCGAAGAAGCGGUGAACAGCUCCGCGCGAGCGAAAGAGGUAGAUGUGAAGGCGCUGCUUCUCUCUCUCUCUUUUUUUUUAAUGUUUAUUUCCGUCUCUGCGCAAGGCGUCGUCAUAACGUGUGUCCUCUUCGUCGGAGAUGUUCAUCACCUCUGGCGCGUGCAGCAGACAUCAUCGCCCGGGCAAUGGGCCAUUUACUCUUCACAUCUGGGACUUAGGCAUUUUGCUAAAUACUCGAUUAUUCCUUACUCUCCUUCCACACGUGCCAGCAAUAAUUGUAUUCAUUGAGGUCAAAUUGCAGAAAAGCCCUCGGCGUAUCACGACCUCUUACACGUGGCAGUCGAUACGGGUCAGAACUGUUUCGCUGAUUGAUUGAUUGAUUGGUUGAUUGAUUGAUUGAUUGAUUGAUUGUGGGCAAGGGGCAUCGUCUCCUGUGGAAGGAGUAUGGUAUGGAGAUGUUUUUGGAGGUGGAUUGGUGGACGUAAGAGAGCAUUUGUCGCCACGUCGUCUUAGGGUGAGGGAGGAUGGGUGCGUGGUAGAGUAGAGGGUGAGGGAGAGAGAAGGGUGUCGGAGCGGUGGAUUGAUCAGUUUGUUCUUCGGGGACUUUGUGUGUGAAGCAGCAGCAGCAGUUUGGGUUGGGAUGUGGCAAGUUACUACCAUCGUUUCAUGGCAGAGGUCUCUCCUGUGAAGAUCUUGGAAGAUGCAGCCUGCCACGUGCAGCGGGCGGACUCGCAGGGACAGAGGAGGUGUACACUAGCGCAACGAGGAGAAAAAGUACACAAGCACACCGUUUGAGAAAGACGGACGGUACAUCUGUCGCAAAGAGGGUGCGCACCUGGGUAAUUCAAGAGGAGAGCAUAGUCAAUACCCCACCUCCCAUCCUCGUCUUAUCACCGUUGCUCUACCUCGUUUCGAUUGCACGGUGCCUUUGGGGGGCCCGGGGGCGAGCGAGCGAGCGAGAGAGCGAGCGAGCGAGAGAGAGAGAGAGAGAGAGAGAGAGAGAGAGAGAGAGAGAGAGAGAGAGAGAGAGAGAGAGAGANGAGAGAGAGAGAGAGAGAGAGAGAGAGAGAGAGAGAGAGAGAGAGAGAGAGAGAGAGAGAGAGAGAGAGAGAGAGAGAGAGAAGCAAGUAGGUCUGAGCGAGGAAGUGUUAGGGCGUUUUCAGAUCGAUUCCUUCCAUUUCUUUUCCUGGGGCGAAACGCUGUGUCUCCUUGUCUCUCUGUUGUCUAUCGUCGUUUGCUGCUGUCCACGUUACGAUGGCUUCGCCGCCGCGUGUGGAGACGGUCUGCUCGCUCUCCCUCCAGCUCCUCCUCUUAUGCCAGACCGUGACCUUUAUCGUCUCCUCAGCUGCUCCCGCUGAUCGCACGUUUAUCAACUGCGGAGGCGGUACUGAUUUUGACGAUAUUUUCCAGCGAACUUGGUCAAAGGACAAUUAUGCCGGCUCCAGUCCCUCCGUCGUCGGAACCAGUACUGUAACUGACGUCAACGGCACUGAUAAUCUUUUGAUUUAUCAGAGUGCAAGAGUCUUCCCUGCACCCGCGUCAUCAUCUGUAGGGCAGCAGGGCACAGCAGCAGCAGCAGCAGCAGCAGCAGCAGAAGGGUACCCCACCUACCCCCUUGAGUGCAAGGAAGGCAGUCGUUAUUUCCUCCGUCUCCACUUCAAUGCAUUCCCUUUCACAGUCAACGGCACGACCUUCGAUCCUGCCAGAGCCAACUUCUCAGUUGUUGCAGACUCUGUCACCUUGUUGAAAAAUUGGUCGCCGCUUCUUGAAGAAGGCGGCGCGGUGAACACAGCAGUCGUGAAGGAGUUCUCCCUCGUCUGCCAGCCUGGCGGUGUGAUGAACGUUGUGUUCGUGCCGGUGUCGUUCUCAGCCUCUUCCUCUCCUCAGCUUAUGGAGGCCAGAGCUAGCUCGGCCUCCUCUGCUUCUCCCUCUUAUGCGUUCAUCAAUGCCAUCGAGUAUGUUUACAUGCCUGCUGGACUUUACGGCAACAAGCUGCAAUCUUUCGCUUCCCUCACCGUGGUACGGUGGAAUUGCGGCGGUGUAAGGGUGAGCGCAGGCAGCGACCCACUGUGUCGGGUUUGGAUGCCCGAUCCCAAGGACACGAAGGCCGCGACUAGCCUAGUCCAACCUCCAGCUGUCGUUGCCGGUUGUGAAGUGGCUCCUGCCUUCAUUCCUGAGGAGGUGAUGGUGAGCGAGAGGUUGUUCGCCGGGCCUAACCCUCAAUCCUUUCCCGUCGAGUACAGGAUCCCCGCAGAGGCGAAUGCCUCGUAUUUCGUUCGCAUGUACUUUGCCGACCUUCAUUACACCACUGAGGGAGCUCGGGUGAUGGACCUGGUUAUCAAUGGGGAUGCGAGGGAGAAAGGGUUCGAUGCCAUCAAGGAGGUGGGGGCUCUCAAUGCCACGUGGCGAGAUUUCCUGGUCGAUCAAUCCACGCCUGCGUCAGACACACUUGUCGUAAGCAUCAGACCCAACCCACAGUCCAUGAUGCGCAACCCGCAGAUUAACGGACUGGAAGUGUUCAAGCUCGGAGUGCACGACUUGGCGUCUUCUGCCAACGAUCUGCGCGUAGUGGAUGCGCCGGACGGGACACCGCAGGUUGUCGCUCGUCCGCUGUAUUCGAUGGAAGAGGCGGCGCAGAUUCUCCGCAAGUUCACGGAAUUUGAUGGGAAUGCGGAGUUGCUUCCGCAGUGGACGGGGAAUUCUGAUCUGUGCACAGGGUGGACCGGUGUGCGGUGCGCGGGACCGGGGAUCAUCACCGAGCUGGACCUGUCUUAUGUCUCCUCUCCACCGGGACUGGGGGGAGGAAUUCCUCCUGAGCUAGGGCAACUCAGCAGUCUCAUCUCCGUUGUCUUGAGCAAGCAACGAUUCACCGGACCAAUCCCUGAUAGCUUGGGCAACCUGUCUUUCCUGCAGAACUUAGCUCUGGACAACAACCAGCUGACGGGCUCCAUUCCGGCCACGUUUGCGAGCUUGCGACAGCUCGAGAACCUUACGGUGCAGCUCAAUUCGCUCUCGGGGGAGGUCCCCGAAGCCUUGUUGAAAAGCUCGAGCUUGAAGACCUUCCUGUCUGUUGGUGGGAAUAACAGCCUUUGCGCGCCUUCCACUGUUGACCAAGGGAGCACUCGUGGUCUGAAGUACUGCGAAGCAGAGGUCAGCACAGGGAAGAAAGGCCCCCCUACAGUUACCCUGGUGGUGAUAACGGUUGUUGGCGCCAGCCUGGUGAUAGCGCUGACAGCCUUCUACGUGAUGAGGAGGAGGAGGAGGAGAAACGAGUCCUUGCUGGGAUCGUACACGGACUCCGAUUACACAACGAAAGCGUGUAGAAAAGGAGGCCGGCAUGGACGUGACAAGGGGUUGCCCGAGAGCGACAAGAAAGUGGGGCAACGAUUCACUCUGCAGGAGCUGAGAAAGGCGACGGAGGACUUCGACCACACCAGGGUGAUUGGAACGGGUGGCUUCGGGAAUGUGUACAAGGGAGUGCUGGAGGACGGAGAUGUGGUUGCAAUCAAGAGAAGCAGUCCGGAGUCGAAGCAAGGAAUGACAGAGUUCCAGACGGAAAUCAUCACUCUCUCGAAGCUGCGGCACCGCCAUCUGGUCAGCCUGGUCGGUUACUGCGACGACGAAGGGGAAAUGAUUCUUGUCUACGAGUACAUGGCUCUGGGUACUCUGCGCGGGCACUUGUAUGGAAAGACCUGUGGCACAGAGUACUCGCCGCUGAGCUGGCGCAAACGGCUGGAGAUCUGCAUAGGGUCGGCGCGCGGACUGGACUACCUUCACUCCGGCGUGCAGGAGAUGGUCAUUCACAGAGAUGUGAAGUCUACAAACAUACUGCUGGACGACAAGUAUGUGGCCAAGGUGGCAGACUUCGGUCUGUCGAAGUCGGGACCGAGUGGAUUCAAUGAGACCCACGUCAGCACAGCGGUCAAGGGAAGCUUUGGAUACCUCGAUCCGGCGUACUUCAAGAGUCAGCAGCUGACAGAAAAGUCCGAUGUCUACAGCUUUGGCGUAGUGUUGCUGGAGGUCGUCACUGCUCGCGCGCCGAUUAGCCAGAACCUUCCCAAGGAGCAGGUGAACCUUGCGGAUUGGGCCGUGCCGUACUUGUUGGCCGGGAAAGUCGAACAGAUUGUAGACCCCAAAUUGGUUAACACCUAUGGCACUGCUUCUCUGUACAAGGUGGCCGAAGUAGCUCUGCAUUGCCUUGGUGAGGAUCGUGACACACGUCCGUCGAUGACGGACGUGCGGCGUGGAUUAGAAGAGGCCCUGAUGCUGCAGGACACAUCCCUCAGUGUGGUUCUCGACACGCCCCCUGCGCCGAUGAUGUGUGUCAAUUACGACAGUGAAUACCACGACUACACCAAUGCCACAGGUACUAGUGACCCUCCCAGCCCUCCAGAUUCCGUCCUCAUGGCCAGGUGAGGCCAGUAGCUAUGAAAGUUGGACUAAGGAAAUUGAUGGAUAUCAGAGGGGAGGGGAAGUGAGGAGAGGAAAGGAGGCCAGACCUGAUGGCAGGCUCUGUCUGGUGGCUUUCUCCUCCCUCCGUUAAUAUUCCUCCCCUCCUCUAUCUCAUCACAGGACUUAACGACGAUAAGCGAGAGGAGACGGGAGCAGAGACUGUUGAUGGAUGGUAUCUGCUUGCUUGCUGCUGUCGUACAUCCCUCCGCUCUUUCCUGUGAGUACCAUGAAUGGUGCUGCAAAUGGUACCAGACGGCCGUUGGAAGGGUGAUGGGCAAUGAGAGAGAGAGAGAGAGAGAGAGAGAGAGAGAGAGAGAGAGAGAGAGAGAGAGAGANGAGAGAGAGAGAGAGAGAGAGAGAGAGAGAGAGAGAGAGAGAGAGAGAGAGAGAGAGAGAGAGAGGAUCCUGUUCCCUCCUGCUCGCCUCUGGUUUUGUGGCUGCAUUUGACCUUGUGGCGAGGUGAAGGGAAAGGAGAGGAGCAGAGCUGAGGCUUCCUGCAAGCAAGGUGCUGAUCCUCACUGCUAUGCUGUCGGCUCUGUCCAGUUGUGCCUCCCCCCUCUUGUCCUUAAUCUUCUGGACAUCUGCAAGGGGAAAGAGAGGGUGGGAGAGCACAUGAUAGGAGGGAAUAGGGAGAGGGACAGAGCAGGUUCGAGCGGCACCAAGGGAGGAUAGGAGAGAAGGUGAGGCUGUCUGGAAGCACGUGCUUGCGGGCACUGGACUUCCUUGUUGACAGUCUCUGUCUUUCCUUCAGGCCGUCGACUUGCCCCUACCGUCCCUUCCUCUUUUCCUCUUUGUCUUUUAUCUAGGCAUUCCGGCUUACCUUUGCAUAAUUCUUUGGUAUGUAAGAGUUUCCUACUUCGCAAAAGCGGUGCAGAUGGAGACCAGUGAAAUGCGGAGAUGAGGAGACCUCUCCGGGCCUUAAUCUAGACCCUUGGCUUGCCUUCUUUGCGUAAUUCUUUGGUCGAUAUGGCCAUACGUAAGUAAGAUGACCUCCUGCUUUGGAAAAAGUGGUGCAGAUGGAGGCCUGUGAAGAUGUGACGACAAAGGAGAUCGGAUCGUGUGGCUGCCGGUUGUGAUGCUGUCUUGUCUCCUUUGAUGACCAGACCAGAUAUGUAUGUUCCUGCAGAUGAGCUGACGGCAACAUGUGCAUUCUAUUCAUUCGAUCUCAACAAGAGGGCUUCUGGACGCCGAGGGCAAAGCUUGUAUCUUCUCUUCUCAUCUAGACUGAUCGACUGGGUUCCCGCGAUUACAACGGGUUGAUUAUUGUGUGUAUUCAUCCAAAGGAAGUCCAAAGACCGAGGGCACUAUGCUGGAAUCGAGGGACGCUCCGGCUGGGGCCACUAUUCUUUUAUCCGCUGACUAGCAACUGCUAAUAACUCGAAUCUCUUCUUAAGGCUGUCAUGACCGUCGACUUUUUCGCUCGUUAUCUUUUCUGAACCUGGCUGCCUUUGAAGUACGAUUCAUAAUUCGAGGCGAUGGGGGCAGGUCCAUCCUGCCUGUUCGUUGGUAGGGGCAGAGUAGUUAAUCGACUGCCUCAAAGGUGCAGCUUUCUCUAUACACUGCAAUUCACCGGCCUUCUUUCGGUGCUUAGUCCUGAACUACCUCAAUCAAGUUUGGUAAUGGCUUUGCAGGUGCCAGUGAUUCAUCCUGCCUUGCGGGGUCGUGUUCUUCUCGAGGUCGAUGUGAUUGAUCCUGCAAAUGUAGUGCUGUUCUAUUAGGGAAUUUUGCUGCAGCUACACACUGGAUGUGUAGGGAGAAUGUGGCGCGUGUAGGGAGAAUGUGGCACACGAAGACGAACACACAACGUCUUUCUGUUCUGACACGCGGCGGUUGCUCGAUUACCUGGCUGCAGCAAGUCUUUUGGCUGGGAUCUAUGAAGCAGCAGAAGGUGCUGGCAGUGAUUCAUCCUGCCAUGCGGGGUCGUCUUCUUCUCGAGGUCGAUGUGAUUGAUCCUGCAUAUGUAGCGCUGCUUUAUUAGGGAAUUUUGCUGCAGCUACACACUGGAUGUGUAGGGAGAAUGUGGCGCACCAAGACGAACACACGUCGUCUUUCCGUUCUGACACGCGGGGUUUGCUCGGUUACCUGGCUGCAGCAAGUCUUUUCGCUGGGAGCUACGAAGCAGAAGGUUCUGUCAUUAUUUCACCCCUGUUUAUCUUGUCCUUUUCCUCUGUUUUUUUUUUUCCCCCUUUUUUCUGUCCGAAUGAGCUGACUACGACCAUAUGGGAUGGAUGGGAAACUGCCUGAUGCCAAGCCAUAAGGGAACAGGUAAGCAUGCUAACGUGCUGAGGGAUGAUUCAUUUAUUGGUAGUCUUACCGCAAAAAAAGAAUGAGAUUGCACGGUGUCCUGCAAGCGCACUCGUUAUGGGGUGACAGAUCACUGUUCUCUGUUUCAUUGAUUUGAGGAGAACCGCGGUUAAUUUAUGGUGGAUGAUUUCUUGCAUCUCGAGGUUAUCGUGCAGAGAAGGGGAUGUAGAAAGGUGUCAUGGCAGAGGAGUGUGGGAGGGAGGAAGUGGAGGAGAAGAGGGAGACGAGCUGGGGAAGUCUGAUGUCUUUUCUCUGUUUCAUUGAUUUUAGGAGAAUCGAUGUGAAUUUUUGUUUGGAAUCAUGGGCUGGUUUCUUGCAUCAUGAGGUUAUCGUGUUGGGUAAGCAAGAUAGAGAUAGAGAUAGAGAAGGGGGUGUAGAAAAGGUGUCAUGGCAGAGGAGUUGGGGAGGGAGGAAGUGGAGGAGAAGAGGGAGAGGGGUCGGAGAAUCAGAGACCAGGAGGAUAAUCUGAGACCAGGAGGAUAAUCUGAGACCAGGAGGAUAAUCUGGUUAGAGGGGUAUAUGCUAUGUGAGGGGUAAGUAAGUGCAUGAAGGGAAGAAGGGGGAGGGUAAGUGGGAGGGAGGAACGCUUCUCCAUCGUGGGCAGCUAUCUGUUUGGGCUGUGUAUGCCCGAUUGAAAUGACUAAGUAAAAUACAGAGAAGACUCUUCUUCUUCUCAAAAUGUAAGUAAAAUACAUAGAACUUG